AUGAUAAGCUGUCCCCCAGUGGGACUUCAACUCAGAAAGUCCACAAGUAGGACGUUGGGCAGCGAUCAGAAUCCAUCUGCCAUGAAUCGAGCAUCCAAACACCCACCCCCGACAAUCAAACCACCCCCUGCGAGGUGGGCUUCGCUUGGGAUCACCGUGCUCAAGAAAAUUGCCGAGAAGAAGGAUGACGCCCUGAGGCGAGAAAUUUUAGAGAUAUCGCGGAGCCGUUAUGGUCAAGAUGCGAAAACGCUGCAAAUCGAUGCGGUGGUCAACCUAGUACGUGGACGCAAUACGUUCCUCCUCGCCGGGACCGGUUAUGGAAAAUCUCGUAUACCUGAGUUGUAUUUCCGGACGCUCCCCAUCAGUGAGAAGCCGGUCAUCAUAGUUCUGAAUCCCCUCGACUCGCUUGGAGACAACCAAGUGCUGGAAAAAAAGGCCGCCAAGUUUACCGCGAUCAAUCUGACGAGUCUCACAUUUAACAAGGAUGAGGCCGAACUGAUUGCCGAUGGGUUUUACAACUUUGUCUAUCUCUCCCCUGAGAUCUUUCUGAACAGCAAACUGUGGGACAUGGUCUACUUCAGUGAUAGGUUCCAGCAGCGAUUGGGUCUGGUCGUGCUCGACAAGGCUCAUAUGGUCUACGAAUGGGGAAUUGUGGAAAAGACUCGUGGGAGGAAACGAUCAUCAGCUCUGGGGCGACACGAGGAUCGAGGAAUCUUCAGGCCGAGUUAUGGGAAUUUGGGUGGUCAUCUCAUGACUCGGAACAACAUGCCCAUGUUAUUGAUGUCCGCGACCUGCCGUCCAGUGGCCAUUCAAGCAAUCAAGAAAAGCCUGAAGCUCUCCGAUCACACAUUAUGGAUGCUCAACGGCGAACUCACACGGCCUGGCAUUCGCUUUAUCCGGGUGACAAUGGAGUCUUCGUUGAGAUCGUGCGAGGAUCUACUAGGCGUCUAUGCUCCCAAGAUAACCACACCGGAUGCAAAGGUGGUCCCAACGAUUAUUUACAGUGGCUCCCGACACCGGACAAUGAAAGUGCUUGAUGUGUUGGACCGGGCCCGCGGGGCACCAGACUCAGCAAAUAACUCGGAAUCAACUUUUGCACGUCGUUUCCACUCAAUCACCGGCGACUUGUGCAAAAUUGAUGUUGCCAACGACUUUGCCGAGGGGAAAUUCCCCAUUGUUUCAGCUACCAUGGCCCUGGGAUUGGGGCAGAACUGGUCCCGGGUUCGGUCGGUCAUCCACAUGGGUCGAGGGGAUCCGGCGGCAAUUUGUCAGAUGCUUGGGAGAUGUGGGAGGGAUGGUCGGCCGGGGGUGGCUAUCAUGUUUGUGGAGAAGACACGGAUUGGCGGGAAAAAUCUGGUUCACCAGAUUGUUGAUGGGGUCGAGCAAUCAGAUGAUGACCGGAUGGAUGCCUUGGCAAUCACUCCAGUGUGCCUCCGGAUUGCUUUUGCUCUGGAUACCAAGCUAGGCUACAUCCCCAUGUCAAUCACCGACCAAGGUUACCAGAAUGAAAAAGCUCGAGAGGUGCGGGAGGGUUUUCCCCAGUGUCGGUGUUCUAAUUGCAUGCCUAUGGAGGCCAACACAUUCAUUGAGAAUAUGAACCUCAUGACGGUAGAUAACGUUGAUCGCAUGAUCACAACAGACAUGAAUGUUUAUGAGACAGGGGCCUCAGUUCUCAAACUCCCAAAGCCCAAGACCCGUGCGCCUCGGGUUUCCAAGAAACGGGCUCUAGCGUACCCUGAGGACCUGAGGAUUUACAAGAAGCGUAUGCGCAAGACUGUGGAUCAACUUCACCAGGAUGAACAUGGCGAAAAUGCGUUUUUCACAGGAAGCCAACUGUUUCAAGAUAAAAAGAUCGAUCUAAUUGCACAUCAUGCAGACAAUCUACGAUCUAUCAAGGAUAUACGGGUUCUCAUUGGUGGCGAAACAAUCAAAGGCCAGUUGGACGCUUUAUUGGAUCUCACACAUACAUUCCAGCUUAGGCAGAAGCCGGUUGCAAUUCCCAAGAAAACGGGCUCAUCCUUGCGGGCAGAUGCGGCAACUGAGGCACUUGUUAACCGUUCCCAAAAAGAUGGGCCUGGAGGAUUUGCACCUAGAAGAUCGGUCAGGAAGAAAUUGGAUUAG